AUGACUCCUCCACCUGGUUAUGUCACUAAGGGGGAGAAUAAAGUCAGCAAAUUACUCAAAUCUCUAUAUGGUCUCAAACAGGCCUCUCGGCAAUGGUUUUCUAAGUUUUCCAAUACUCUACUUGCUAAUGGUUUUCAUCAGUCAAAAGCUGAUUAUUCCCUUUUCACUAAGGUGAUUGGUUCAUCUUUCAUUGCUCCCCUAGUAUAUGUCGCUGACAUUAUCUUAGCAAAGAUUGGUUGCAGUUCUAAAGGCAUUUCUGUUUGUCAGCGAAAAUAUGCUUUGGAAAUUCUAAAGGAUUGUGGUUUACUAGGUGCUAAGCCUGCAAAGUUUCCUAUGGAACCCAAUCUGAAACUUUCCAGAGAUAUUGGUGUUCUCAUUGAAGAUCCCUAUGUGUAUCGAAGGUUAAAUGGUCGAUUGAUCUAUUUAACCAUCACUUGCCUAGAUCUUGCUUGUUCUAUCAAGCUUUUGAGCCAAUAUAUGGAUAAGCCUAGACAACCUCAUUUAGAUGCAGCAUAUCAUGUUUUGAGAUAUUUGAAAGCCACUUCAAGUCAAGGGAUUUUGUUUCCUUCAUCUUCCGAUCUUCAGCCCAAGGCAUUGUGUAAUAGUGAUUGGGCUAGGUGUCCAAAUUCAAGGCGUUCAGUCACUGGUUUUUGUGUUUUUCUUGGAGACUCACUCAUCUCCUGGAAAUCCAAAAAAUAUCAAAUUGUUUCUCGCUCCUCUGCUAAAGUAGAGUGUCGUGCUAUGGCUUCCACCAGUUGUGAACUUACAUGGAUCACUACCUUACUCAAUGAUUUCAAGGUUCCUCACCCCCCAAGCUUCUCUCCUUUACUAUGA